CCUCCGAGCAGGAAGGGAACCGCAUUGUCAGAGCACCGGAAGUAAUACCUGUUACCAUAGCAACCGUGUCUGCAGAAUACAGCAUGGCUGAAGGGGAACAGCUCAUCUCCCUGGAUUAUGAAGUGUUUGGGAAGGUUCAGGGAGUUUUCUUCCGCAAGUACACUCAGGCACAGGGAGAACGCCUGGGUCUGGUGGGCUGGGUUCAGAACACUGACAGCGGAACAGUUAGGGGGCAGCUUCAAGGCCCAAGCAGCAAAGUACGAGAGAUGCAGGAAUGGUUACAGAAGAAAGGAAGUCCAAAAUCCAAAAUCACCAAAGUGCAUUUCCAGAAUGAAGAGAAGAUCCUGCGCGUUGAGCACAGUGCCUUCACCAUUCACAAGUGAUACUAUCGAGUACUCCGAGAGUUAACUGCCGUACAGUCCACCAGGGUUUAAUCGGGUGCUCUUCACACUCCCUUGUUUUAAGCAGAGGUGCUGUCCUCCAGGCUUAAUAAACACUCUGCAGUUCUCACUGGUUUCCACUAAACUCAGAUUAUUAUCUUAAUAAACCAAAAUGGCAAAUCUGAGGGUAAACUAGCCAGUCUGCAACUAAUACUGAGUUAAAUAUGUUUCCAAAUUAUCUAGUUUUGGCUCAGUUUUUCCAUUUCCAUUUAAUUUGCUAAAAUGGUUCUUAGUGAAUAAAACAUUAAGGGUAAAUGCAGUUAUAAUCUUCCUGGUGUUAAUAAAGAAUUGCAGUCCACUACAGGUUAACGAAAACAUUACAUUUGUGGAAGGGUUAAUGCAGAGCUUGCACUCUUUGUGUAUGUUGACGUGUUCACAGGGGCUGCAUGUUUGCUAUGUGUCAUGGACUCAGUGUUUGCAUGCGUAUACAGCUUGUCAUACCUUCAUUCAUGUUUUGGUGGUAUAUUUAUUACUUUGGGCUUCUUGUUUCCAUCAUCAAAUGAGACCGGUCACUUGGAAAAUUGUACAGUAAACUAUAGUUAA